AUGCUCGGAGCCCAAUCGCAACCAGACUUUUCCCAAGACCCAGCCUUCACGCAAGCAAUCUACAUGGAAGAUGACAUCAAACACCAUAUAAUCAAAUCUCGCCUCUUGAUCUCUCAACUCGCAGACUCGUCGGACUGGGUCCCCUACCAGCAAAAGAAUGGAAUCACUCUUACAACAUUGGACAUUGAAGGUGACCCGUUGCCUGCCAUUCGAGGCUCUGCUGAGGUCGAUAUCGGAGUUGAAGAGCUGAUUAGAUGUAUACGGUCUGCUGGAGCUCGUCAGAUAUUGGAUACGUCUAUUAUAGGGGAUCCACGAUUCGUAGAAGGCCACCUCGUACGCCACCUCGGCGGCAACAACAACUCCCUGUACUCCAAAAUGCCAGGCGUACUCGCCAUCGUUGCACCCCGCUAUAUCUACGGAGUCCAGCAACGCUACUACCUCCCCGAAACCGACACACACGUAAUCCUCGUAUGCUCCCUCCCGCUCUCAGACGAAGCACCCAUGCCCAAAGGCCACAUCACAGUAGACGUAAAAGUCGCAGGAUGGUAUCUCAAACCCCUCACACCACAACGCACAGAAGUCAGCUACUAUGCCCUUGUCGAUCCAGCAGGCACCAUCCCGUCCUUUGUAGCUAGGUUGGCAUCGUCGCAGGCUGGACUCUGUGUUGCUACUGUACGCGAUUAUAUAAAUGAUUUUGGAGCUCCAAUGGGAAUGUCGGUUGUCGGGGCGCUCAAGAUUGAGAGGUUUGAGUUUGAGCAUAAGAGUAGAAUGUAUGAUUUUAGAGUUACGAUGCCUGAUAGUGUGAGUGAUGAGCAGGUCAAGGAUACGUAUAUGGAAGUCAAUGUGGAUCGCAAGAUGUAUCCGUCUGGUGUGUCGAUUGUUAUGACAGGGAAUGGUGCUGAGGGUAGUAUUGAGGCUGCGACGGUGAGAAAGGGGAGAAGUGAGGCUUGUGUGUGGGUAAAGAUAUUCUUUGCAAAUCACUCAUAUCGAGGAACUAGUAUAUUUGUAUGUACAAAGAAUGAGUCUGGACCUUUUACGUUGACGCUCAAUGAUAAAGAGUUGCCUGAAGUUGAGACAUUCUGA